UUAGAUGGCUGCUGGUAUGACAUCUGCUAAAAAAAAGGGGAAAAUAUGGGAAGCAAAGCACCCCCCCUGCUGCUUGAAUCAUCCCACUCCUUGCUGCAUGAGGGCGGAGAAGGGAUCCAUGAAACUGCCAUCUUUUGUUUCUUAUAACAACUCUCUUUUUUUCUCUCUCUCUCCACCAUAAGACGUAGCUGCCCUGGCCACUUAACUGCCAACUUCAUAGAACUAUUGGCAUUUUAACUUACCAAAAAUAUUUCUCCACUCGUUACCAAGAAGUAAACCAUACAAAUCCCACCCCUGUUCUUCCCUAGAAGAACAAUGAUGCCUUCGGACAGAGGUGCAUGACAAUAUCACUUCAUGACAAGACAAUCAUAUGAUUAUUGUAGCCACUGCAUCCACAGCUCUUGGAUUCUCGAACCGGUGCGUGACUGCUGACGCCAUCUUCGUCGUCCCUAAUCCCCAUGCCAAGCCCAACAUUGGUAUUCUCUUUUCUAUUUAUACCUGUAAUUUGGACUCAGCACGACGUUUUUGUUCGGAGUAUAGACUGACAUUUUUUCCAUUUCAUGCACCAAUCGCUCCUUCCAUCAUCUCUAAUCGUCUUGCUUGUUUUCCUUCUCUGUCUUCCAAAUUCUUAUGAUAUCUCGGUGCUCUGUUCUCUCUAUUCCCUGUUUCCAUCUCCUUUCCCUUUCACCCAUGUCACCAUUAAAUCUUAACAAGGCCAUCCUUUCAUAAUUGGCUUGUGACCACCUAUGUUUAACAACCAAAUUACUUGCAACGGAACGCCUGCCUCCUUCCCUACAAACUUCUUGCUGCCCCAUGAAGAGAGCCACCAGCCCCCAACUCUUAGUCCCCUGCUACCCACCAAUCCACAGGACUUCAGAGGUGCGGCCACAAUGCUGGGGAAGAGGUCCAUGUCAUUCGCCGGCGUCGAAGCCUGUGAGGAGAUGAAUGCAGAGGAUGAGCUCUCCGAUGAUUGCUCGCAGGUGGGGGAGAAAAAGAAGAGGCUGAAUUUGGAGCAGGUGAGGACUCUGGAGAGGAAUUUUGAGAUGGGGAGCAGGCUGGAGCCAGAGAGGAAGAUGCAGUUGGCCAGGGUUCUCGGGCUGCAGCCUAGGCAGAUUGCCAUAUGGUUUCAGAACAGGAGGGCCAGGUGGAAGACCAAGCAAUUGGAGAAGGACUAUGAUUCCCUCAAGAGGCAGUUUGAGGCUGUCAAAGCUGAGAAUGAUGCUCUCAAAGCCCACAACAGGAAACUUCAGGCUGAGAUCUUGGCACUUAAAGGAAGAGAAGGAACUGAGCCCAUCAACCUGAAUAAAGAAACUGAGGGCUCUUGCAGCAACAAGAGUGAGAACAGCACUGACGUCAACUUGGGUAUCUCAAGAACACAAGCCACUGAUGGCCCUUCAAAUCCCCAAGAAAGCAGGUCAUUUCUUGCAUAUAGAUCCCCUGGUGCUGCUCAUCUCCUCCAGAGCUCCUCCAAAGCAGAGACCCAAGGCCCCAAGAUGGAGCAUGGCAUCCAAGAGGAGAACUUUAACAUGUUCUGCAGCAUAGAAGAUCAAACUGCCUUCUGGUCAUGGUCAGAGCAGCACAACUUCCAUUGACACAUUCAGCUAUGCUCCUCUGGUCAUCCAUUGAGAACUGCGCGGUUCCUCAUUCUCCGCAUGCGCGACAAAUUUGCCGGUUGGUCACGGUCAUAACUUAGCGUUUUCCUUCACUUUGGGUGUUUGAAGAACGAAGCUGGUGAAAAAAUUGAACCUUGGAAGGAGGUGCUGGGGGAACAAGAAGUUCUUUGAAGCUACUCUCCGUCUUUUCUUCCCCAUACUACUACGACAUUUUGGGCAGCUGUUUUGAGAUGGACCUAGUUUAUAUAUGUUUUGGGCGAUGGUCCUUGGCUCCUCCAUGGACCAUGAAAUAAUGGGUAUUUUUCUCCAUAUACUGGCGUCCUCCUUUAUGCUCGCAAAGGAAGAACAUGUGGGUACUGAUUCAAGUGUUUGAAGAAACUCUGGUGGAUAUAAAGUUCAGCUAUGCAGCUACUAUAAACAGUCAAAAGAAGAAGAAAGGCUACUUUCUACUCGGUUAUAACUUAUAAGAAAGAGAGAGAGAGAGAGAGAGAGAGAGAGAGAGAGAGAGAGAGAUAUUAGUAGCGAUUUUCUGGUUGCUUAUAGAAGAUAUAUAAUGUUCCUCUUUCUAAACCUCUGCCUCUAAAUAUGAUAUUCCGAACUCUAUUUUG